AUGACUGUUCCGGCUUCUCCGAUUUCAUGUAAAGCGCGUCAUGCAGCAGACAAGUUCGAAUCAGAAACAGUGCGACCUAGGAGUGGGUCGGUGGGCAGCAGUGCUGAUGGCAGUGUAGUAGUAGGCUCUCCUUGCAGUAUCAUGAGAUCGGAAACUCGCGAUACCCUGAUAGAUCUGACUACUGGGGGCGUGCUCAUUGGCAAUGCGAACAUCGCCAAGGACCAGCCGAGUCCUUGGGUGCUCCGAAUCGACUACUCCGGACCAAUAGAUUUCCACGGCCGCUCAAUAUCAGGUGACGUAGCCGCCUUCAAGAAAAAGAUGAACCAGGUCAAUGAACUAGAUCUCAUCAGGUCAGAUGCCUACGAAGUGAUUAUUGAACCCUACACAGUGGAGAAGAACGACCUGGAGAAAAAGCACAAUGCGCCUGGUUUUAACCGAGAACCUUUGCAGCCAAUGCUGAGAGUCGUGCAGCAAGACCCGGAGCCGCAACAGACGUGUGUGCGGCAAACAGAUGUGCAGCAAGUAGAAAAACAAAUAUCAACUUCCAAGGAUUCGAAGGAAGAUAAUUUCAAGGAACACCAUUCGAAAGAAGACUCUGGAAUCGAGCUGGAAGCGAAUGUAAUCCCACACCCCAAUAGCGCCGUCCCUCGUCCAGACGGAGAACGAGUCCAGUACGGCAGGCUGUUGGCCAGCACCGAUCAAUAUGGGGCACGAGGAAUUCCGUGGAGCGAUUUUUCUCAACCUGGUAGCGGAGAGUACGCAAGUAGAGAGCUAGCCACCGGAGAGCUAGCCACCGGAGAGAUAGUGGCCGGAGGACAAAGGGGCAAGCACCACGGGGGCAUAGUUCUUUCUCGGGAUGCGCCAUCUGAUUGGGAAGUCCCGCUUUCAACCAGGGUCUUUGAUCCCCUGAGUUCCGCUCCCAUGAGUUCCUCAACCAUGAAUGGAAGACACCGGGACAUUUACAUGACGGAAGGUGAACUGCGACCUACCUCCUUUGGACGCUCUUCGACAUUUGCACGCUACGACAGGAGGACGAUUAGCCAUACUGACGGUCUACGGACCGCUGACGGUCUACGGACCGCUGACGGUCUACGGACCGUUGACGGUCUACGGACCGCUGACGGUCUACGGACCGCUGACGGUCUACGGACCGUUGACGGUCUACGGACCGCUGCUUCGCAUCGUACCACACCCCCCCAUAGUGACGCCCUACAUGCCACCGGUGUCGGUAGUUCCAUUUCAAGAGAAGGAGGAAGUGUUCUCGGUCUUAGCUACGAAACCAAUCGACAGUCCUUCCCGUGCACUCCGCUACAUAGAAGCGCCUUUUGCCACAGCCCUGUUGGCUCGGGCGCUAGUUCCUUGCCCCACGGAUCAGCAACCCAGGAGUCAUUACCUCAUGGACUAUUACCCAUUAGAUCAUAUGCUUCAGGCGAUUAUCUAAGCCGUUCCGCGCAUGACGGAGGCCGCGACCAGGUGCUCAGGUAUCGAGGACAGGACCUUCCUUACCAUUCGAGCUCUGUCUUCGUUGAGCGGAAUCACGCCACAAGCCUUUCCAUGCCCGUAAGAACAGAGUCCCAUAUAGGGCCAGGUUCCAUGGGGCUAGGGCCUGGACCGAUGGGACCGCUAGGGCCAGGGUCCAUGGGGCCAGGGUCCAUGGGACCGGCCGCGGUACAGGGCCUACUGGAAGCUGUUCCGAAUCCAGCGUCGUUACACACGGCCCGAAGGGCAGACGAAGACUGGCAUUGGGAAGGCGGUACCCGAGCUCAAGCCCGUUACCGACAUGCUUCUUCUCGGGCCACAGCCUGUUUCAACAGCGACUACGGUCGAGCUCCAGCUCCCUUGCGAUCGCCUCACUUCACGGAAAACGCGGGAUUGGAAGACCUUGGCUUCAUUGACCCGAAAGUCUCGGACAAAAGUGGGGACGAAAUGACCCCUCAGACAAAGGCUCGGGGCGCUCGUGAGCCUAGCUUGUGCAGCAAUGGCACGUACGAGGACAUAAGCCGACGCCCUUCCCGUAGCUCCUACGAAGCGCUACCACCUGAUGUGUGCUCCUAUGAAGAAUGCUCCAAUUUGCUUACAGUCUUGGACACCUCUUUAACAAAGGCCCAAGUCGUUUCCGAUGUAGUUAACGAAACAAUAGAGGCGCUCAGAGACGCCCAUACGCAUUACGCCAGAUACGAUCAAUACAACCACGAUAAGUACAACCAUGAUCAGUACAACCAUGAUAAGUACAACCAUGAUAAGUACAACCAUGAUAAGUACAACCAUGAUAAGUACAACCAUGAUAAGUACAACCAUGAUAAGUACAACCAUGAUAAGUACAACCAUGAUAAGUACAACCACAUUCAAUUCAAUCGGACCCCACCGGUACUCAACCCUGUCCAAUUCGCCCCUGCCGACUACUACAAGUAA